AUUAGCAACCACCUGGUUCAGGUCACAAGCAGGGAGAGGAAAGACUGCAGUCUUUCGUUCCUUCUGGUGCAGCUUAACUGAUUUGAAGAAGCCGAAGAAGAAGAUCCAGUAGCACGGUUAAGACUUUAGCCAUGGCAUCUGUAUCAUACCAAAAGCCAACAUCUACUACUGUGGGGAAACAAAUGAUUUUUACAGGUCCAGACUACAUAAAGGAUUAUUUACCCAAAAUUCAUCAGCACACCUCCUAUGUAGGAGAACAGCAUCUGGCGUUAGAAAAAACUGGAGAUCUCAGAUAUUUAUGGAGGCCUGCCUCAAAUAGAAGCUUGCCAGCAAAAUAUAAACAUGAGUACGUUGGUGAAAUUGGUUGGGGAGUACCACAGUAUAAUUUUAUCAACAAAUCAAGACUGGAGAGUGGCUUUCAUAUCAAGUAUGAAGAACUAAGUCAAGCUUCUCUUGAUUCAAUAACCCACAGAUAUCAAAACCCAUGGCAACCAAAACCUCAUGUCCUGGAUAUGCAAGGAAAACAGAGUCGUGCUUCUUUUGCCUGGCAUAUGAGUGCUUUCGAGGACACUGAUCAGAGAAAUUCCAAAUGGGCUAUUCUUGUUAGGCAGUGUAAGUCAUCAUUGCCAAGAGCUUCCAAACCACCUAAGCUGCCGAAGCUACCAAAAAAGGAAAAGAAAAGGAAACAUUAACCUCUAAAUCAGCAUAACUCAACCUGCUUUUAGAAGGAGAAACUGCCUACUGCUGUAGAACGAAAAAUAAGAUCAUAAUAAUCCACAAGUGCUUCUCAUAUCACCCCAGGACAGAUGUCUUGCAAGAGUACGCUUCAGCUUAAAGCCCAAAUAAAGAGUUUGGAAAAAAGGUGUUGUCAGUCUUUGCAACCAUUAAUAUUGUUUCAUGAAACUAAUUGUUAUUGACUAUCAUACUAAUAGUAGCUGUUUACUGAGUGCUUAUAACAUCUAACACUAUUCCAAGUGCUUUACAUUCAUUCUCUAAUAUAAUUUCAUAACCAUAGGAGAUAGGUUCUCUAUUAUUUCCCCAGCUUUGCAGAUAAGGAAAUUAAGGCUUUGAAAGAUUACAUGGUUAGGAAGUAGCAGAACUUGGAUUUGACCCCAGGUUAUGGGACUCUAAAGCUAACAUAUAUGGCUUUUAAAGUAUUUUAUAAUAUUGGCAUGGUGCUUUAGCAGUAAAAAGCAGUUAUAUCCCAAAUUAUCAGAAGAUUCUCACAGCACCCUUGUUGAACAGGUACUAUCUUCCUUUUACAACUAAGAAAGCUGAGGUUCGGAGAGACUCGGGAUCGUCCAUUGUUACACAACUAACCAACGGCAAAGCCUAGACCAUAACCCAGCUACGCUCAGUGGUCUUCCUGCCUUGCCACACUGUCCCGACUUUGAUAACAACCAGACGGUAUGUCAGAGCACCUUCUUCAAAGUCAUAAAAGUCUCGACUCUUUCUGAGGAAUGGGUACAAGUAUAGAUUUGGUCAUAAAAACCCAGGACAAUGAUCAUUACAUUAGCAAUUAGCGUAGGUAAUUAAUAUUUAAAAACUUCCUGCUUUGUUGGGUGAACAGGUUUGCAUCAUUUUUGGAGGCCAGGAAGCAGAUAACAGAUGUUUUGGUUUGGGGCUGUGCUGCAGAGAACAGCGCUGUGCAGACAGGAGGGAACAGCAGAGAAAGCAGACUCUUUCCUCACACACCUGUCUCUGAGGUCAGCCCAUCCAAGCUCCACCCAGCUAUAUGCCAUAUGCCCUUAAGCUUCUCUCUCUCUCUUUUUAAGUGUUCAUCAUCACUGGAAAAGCUUUUCUUCUUUUGAAACCUUUCCCCCUCCCUCUCUAAAUGUAUUUUCUCUUUCUUUCAAUUUCUCUGCACAUACGCAGAUACUGAGAAGAUUUUGUCAUGCAUGUUAAUUCCAGUGGCUGGGGGGAGCUACUGAUACUUUUCUAAGAGUGUAUAGGCUCUGUCUGUUGUUUGUAUUUAAAGUAUUGUUAUGAAAGUGAUUUUAAAAUCCCAUUUGGAAAGAAGCGGAUUGCUUGAGCCCAGGAACUCGAGACCAGACUGAGCAACAUGGCAAAACCCAUCUCUACAAAAAAUACAAAAAUUAGCUGGCGUGGUGGCACAUGCCUCUAGUCCCAACUACUCAAGAGGCUGAGGUGGGAGGAUCACUUGAGCCCGGGAGGCGGAGGUUGCAGUGAGCAGAGAUCAUGCCACUGCACUACUCACUCCAGAGUGAGACUCUGUCAAAAAAAAAAAAAAAAAAAAGCAACAAUUGAUAUAAUCUUACAUGUGUAUAGUACUUUAAAGCUGGAAAUGUUGGAAAUGUUUACACAAAUGAUAUUCUAUUUUAUCCUUAACACCUUUGUGAAAAUGUUUGCUUAAUAAAAGGAACUACAAUCCCUUCAGAAA